AUGGACAGCGACGAGAAGGAGUUCCUGCGCGAAUGGCUUAUCCUCAACCUCGAGCCAGUAAGCGACGCCGACCCUGAGGUGCUGAGCAAAUAUGUACUGGCGCUCGUGCAGCACGACCCGCGGCAAGUGGGACUGCAGGACACGUGCGUGGCGAAGCUCGACGAGUUCCUCGGCGAAGAGACCACAAGUUUUGUCGCCAAGUUGUUCAAAGCACUGGCGGACGGCUCGUAUAAAGGUGGCGGGACAAAAAACGAAGGAACGAGCGAUGAAAAGUCGCGCACCGUGAGCGGCUACAGCGCCGACAGUAGCCGACACUACGAGCGCAACGUCGCAGUCAGCGAAGACGAGCAGCGACGGUAUGCGAAGCGACGUCGUGACGACGAUCGGCCUCGAGAGAGUGACUACAAGCGACAUCAGGGCAGUCCACGAAGAGACGUCAGCUGCGGUCGGCGCCAGCCGUAUCCGUUGUAUGACGAAAGCAUGCGCAAUAGCGCCAUGGCUGGACGUGGAGGAGCACCUUACAGCAUGGGUGGUGGUGAUCACCGUCGAAAUUUUCCAAUGGAGUGGGGUAUGCCACCACGAGGCAUGUGGCCUCCGCCUUUUCCGCCUCCUCGAGGCGCUGGCUACCCACCAGACUUUGAUCCUAACGGAUAUAUGGUGGACAAGAGCAAUAUGAUGCCACCACCGCACUUGAUGAUGCCACACCCGAUGGGUGGUCGUGGUCAGUUUUUUCCGCCUGGAGGGCAUGGAGGGAGGGGAGGACACGGUCAGUACUAUUCAGGACGUGGCGGUAGAGAUAGGGAUACUGGCGAGGCACCAACGGCAAAGGCGACGCUUUAUGUUAGACACGUUGAUCCAAAGUACGUCAACAUGACCAUGCUGAGCCUGCACUUUUCCAAGUUUGGCAACGUGGUGAAUGUGCAGAUGCGGCCUAGCGCGAAAUGCGCUUUCGUUCAGUAUGCAACCGAAGACGAGGCGAAGAAGGCGUUUCAUUCACCACUUCCUGUGUGCAACAAUCGCUUUAUUUCAGUCAAAUGGGCCAAGCACGAUACCCAGAGCCCACGAGAGGCAGCCGUCGUUGAACAAGCGGAUGACGCGUCGAAAGAGAUGUCUGGAAGUAAUGGUGCAGCUGCCAGAAGUGUCGCUACAAUGAGGGAUGGAGACGAGGCUGGCAGCGGAGAAGAGUCAACCGAUGCAAAGCCCGAGAAAAAUAUGUCGACUGAGGAGCUUCGCGUAGCAGCAUUAGAAAAAGGUCGAUUGGUCUUGGAACAAAAGCGCGAACUGUUGGAAAAGCAGCGUGCGAUAAAGAGACAGAAAGAGGGACUGAUCAAGCGACAAUUGGCUCAGCAGAAAGAACUGUUGGAGCGAAUGAGUUUCAACAGCUCACAGUUCUCGCUGGAGGAGAAGCGUGAUCUAUUGAAUAAGAUCACAGCGCUGUCCGGAGAGCUCAAGGCGCUAGCUCCUCGUCAUUCUGCUGUUCCCUCAAACGCGAUCGCGACGCAGCAAGCUAUCUCAGGCCAAGGCGGUGGAAACUUGAAUGGUCUGAAAGAAGAACUCAGUGCAUUGGAGGCCGAGGCUUCGGGGGCCUCCGGGGGUCGUGGUGGUCGAUGGUCUUCUGGUCGCGGCUAUCGAGGAGGUCGAGGCGGUCGAGGCCGAGGUGGUUACGGUCGCGGCGCGCACACGCUGGACAAUCGUACAACGAUUGUAAAAGUAGCAAAUUUGCCCGAGGAGGCACGCGACCCCGUCGUGCUAACGCAGCAUUUCGGCAACUUUGGCACUGUCGAACGUGUCGUGAUGGACGAGUCGUGUCCAGGUCUGGGGUUCAUUAAAUUUCAAGAUCGGUAUGGUGGUCAGGCCGCGUUUAGUCACGGUAAUAUGUUUGCCGAUAAGCCGCUGGAGAUGGCAUGGGUCGAGUCUCACGACGCGCCGGCAGAGCUAACGCAAAGCUACUUGCCGAACGAAGCAGCAGUAUCGGGUGCUGACUCAGACGCUACUGGGCUGGGCGACGAGGUACGGGGACACGAAAUUGGUGUUGUCAUUGUUGGUGUGAGUGGGUAA